UUAAUUAAGGCUGGAAGGUGUUAUCUUUCUCAAUUUUUGGAUUAAUGUGAACAUUUACAGGAUUAAUGUUAUAUUUGAGGUGUUUCCAUAAUGCUGCAGGUGAAGAUUUGUUUCUAGUGAGGAAAGAGGGAAAACCAACACACAUAGUUGUCAAAUUGUUUAAAUGUUUUUUGGAGAUUCUCUGUUAAGCUUUGAACAUGUUUAUUAUUCCAGGAAUGGAUAUUUGUGUAACAUUGCCAAAUGUUAGAAUGGACUGUGUCGAUUUUUGAAUGUUUCAACAUGUUAUUUUUUGAGGGACACUUUUUGUAAUUUCACUAGGUGGUUUUAAUUUUGCAUUCCAGUUUUUUUUUUUUUCUUUUUUUUUUUUUUUUGUUAAUGUCUCCUUGAACAUGCCGAUGAAAAGAAAUAUAGACAGUCCAUUGAAAAAUGACACGUUUCAUCAACUACAACCAUCACAGACAAAGAGAGCUUGCAAAAGCACAGAUGACCUCCAUGCGACAAUUUUUAUUGACCAAGAGGAUCUCCGAAAAAACAUGUUUUUUAAAACCAGACUUGAUGAGGAGGAGGAUUCUGGAAUUAAAUCAGAAGCUGAAGAGAGCAACGGAAGCAUAUCCUCUGAAGAUGAUUUGGAUCACCUGGAUUAUUCAAAGACCUUCUCUCUCAAACCAAAUGUGCUAAAGAAAAGCAUCAGUCAGAUCAUCAAGGACAAAAGGAAACAGACGCAGCUUACUUUACAAUGGCUUGAGGACAAUUACAUUGUUUGUGAAGGCGUUUGCCUGCCGCGGUGUAUCCUUUAUGCUCAUUAUUUGGACUUUUGUCGGAAGGAGAAAUUAGAUCCUGCUUGUGCUGCCACUUUUGGAAAGACAAUACGUCAGAAAUUUCCUCUACUUACAACACGAAGGCUUGGAACCAGAGGCCAUUCAAAGUAUCAUUAUUAUGGUAUUGGAAUUAAGGAGAGCAGUGCGUAUUAUCACUCUGUGUACUCAGGAAAAGGUUUGACACGAUUUUCUGGAAGCAAGCUAAAAAAUGAGGGAGGAUUCACCAGGAAAUACUCCCUUAGUUCUAAAACUGGGACGCUUUUACCUGAAUUCCCAUGUGCGCAACAUCUAGUGCUUCAGAAGUCUGUUUCAAAAGACAAGGUUGACACCUUGAUUAUGAUGUACAAAACUCAUUGUCAAUGCAUUCUGGACAAUGCCAUUAAUGUCAACUUUGAGGAGAUCCAGAACUUUCUACUUCACUUCUGGCAGGGAAUGCCUGAACAUCUCCUUCCAUUGUUGGAGAAUCCAGUUAUUGUGGACAUCUUUUGUGUGUGUGACUCAAUACUUUACAAAGUUCUGACUGACAUUCUCAUCCCUGCUACAAUGCAGGAUAUGCCAGAGAGUCUUUUGGCAGAUAUUCUGAGUUUUGCCAAGCACUGGGAACACUGGAUGGUGUCUUCCUUGGAGAAUCUCCCAGACAUACUCUCAGACAAGAAAUUGCCCAUAGCUCGACGAUUUGUGUCUUCCUUAAAGAGACAGACCUCAUUCUUACAUCUUGCACAGAUUGCAAGACCUGCACUUUUUGACCAGAAAGUGGUGACCUCUAUGGUAAAUGAUAUUGAUAAGGUGGAUUUGAACAGUAUUGGUUCUCAAGCGCUCCUUUCAAUCACAAAUGACCAAGAUUCAGACUUCUACUCUGAAUAUGAAUCAAUUUCAGUGUUUCAAGAGCUGAAAGACCUCCUGAGGAAAAAUGCCACAGUAGAGUCUUUUAUUGAAUGGCUGGACUCUGUUGUGGAGCAGAAAGUCAUUAAGCCCAGCAAGCAAAAUGGUCGGCCGGUUAAAAAGCGAGCUCAGGAUUUCCUUCUUAAAUGGAGUUUCUUUGGAGCCCGAGUGAUGCACAAUCUCACCCUAAACAAUGCUACCAGCUUUGGCUCGUUCCACCUCAUUCGGAUGCUACUGGAUGAAUAUAUACUGCUAGCAAUUGAAACACAAUUCAACAAUGACAAAGAGCAGGACCUUCAGAACCUGCUGGAGAAAUAUAUGAGGAAUGCAGAUGCAAUUAAAGCUGCAUUAACAGCCUCCCCGAGUUCCUGUUUUUUGGCCAGUCGGAAUAAAUCUGGUGUGGCACAGAGUGAUUCAACUGUCAAGGAUGAGAACCACCCAGAACAUGAUUUCCUGUUACUGACAGCUGCACAACAAGAACUCGAAACCAAUACUGUUAUGUACCAUGGUACCGAUCCGGACAGCUUCAUUGUAACUGGACAAAUGGAUUACGCGCAGAACAGCGCACCCCUGAUGACCCCUCCGAUCUCUCCGGCUAUGAUCAACCGUAGCAGUGUGAUCAACCAGGGCCCGAUGGCUGUGAGGCCCCAGAGCAGCUGCCCCAUCCAGCCCCAAGUGCCCUGCCAGGCCUUCCCUGAUACCAUGUACCAGAACCUGCCCAAUUUCAGUUCUGGCUCCUACCCCAACCCCUCUUAUUACCAGCCCAUGUUCAGACCACAGACACACACUCCAACAUCAGCCUAUCAAGCUCGUGCUGAAAGCGGACGUUACACGUCCUUCUCUGGGCACCAGCUGGCCAAAGACUGCUUCAGUAGCAACUGUACGGUGUCUCCCUAUAGUUCCAGGGUUUCAUCAACUGGAUACACAUCCACAGGUGACCCUGUGAUGGACAUUGAGGGUGUACAGAUACUGGAUCCUGCAGGGUACAGCUUUGGAGGAAGUGCCGCCAAUGGAGAAGGGUGUUCUGGUCCAGUUUGCUCCAGUACAGGACACAGUGGAUAUUACAGUAGCAGUGGUUAUGUGGAUGCUCAGAGAAUGGGAACAUUGAUUGAUCAGCAUGUGUCAGUUAUCAGCAGUGUGAGCAGCAUUCGUUCUGUUUCAGCAUACACUGAAGUGCACGACCCUCUCAACAUCCUGGAUGAUGCAAGCAGGAAGAAAGCCAGACCCUACUACACUGAACUGUCAUCACUGGGCACACACACUGCAGGAUCCAGCAUAGCCCAUUCCUGCUCUGUGCCUGCAUCCUGCAUGUAUGGAACUGCUGCUCCGUAUCACUCCCAAAACGCACUGCUUCCUCACCAGGCGUCCACUGAGAUGCGAGAAAUGGUGUCCUCCCUGCCACCUAUCAACACUGUGUUUAUGGGGUCAACUGGUGGGCCACCCUGACUGUUACUAAAAUGUGCCUUAUAUUUCGUUCAAUUUCUCUGCUAUAGCAGAUGAAACGUGUUUUAGCUCAUAUGUGUAUCUUUAAACGGUAAAUAUUUAACUGCCAAAUAUAUUGCUGACUGGUAUUGUAUACUGUAUAUUGUAUGACUUCAAUUGGUUUAAAUGUUUGGCAUAUGUUUAAAGUGCUGAACCCUAAGACUGUGAUUUAUAAUAGUCCAAUAAUAAAUUAUUAUUAUUAUUAUUUUUUUUUUAAGGGUUUAUAUUAUAAUGUAAUUUAUCAUUCUUGUUCUCAGUUUAGCAUUCUUGUUCAUUCUCUAAAAUAUUUAAAAAUAUAUAUCUUUUCGUACAUUGCAUUUUGGAGGUCAGAGUGUUUUUUAAAAAUUAUUAUUAUUAUUUAAUGAACUAAAAAAAAAAAUCUACACUGUAAACAUCUAUUUAUUUAUUUCUUUUUUAAAAUAUUCACAUAAUUAAAUGGACCCUGUCUUCUGCCUUUAUUUCCUUGAAAAUGCAUUAAUUCACAAAGCAUGUUUGUAAUAUCGUAAUUAAAAAGAAUCAAAUAAUAAAAGUGGCAGAAGGACAGAAAACAGAAUAAAUAGAGCCGAAUUUGAGGGUGGGACAUUUUCAAACCAAAUGUAUCAUGAGUAAAAGGAAUCUUCAGUUAAGCUCAAACAUUUGUGUCAUAAUGUUGAUUACAACAAAAAAUUAUUUAGACUUGUCCCUUGAAGUCGAAUCGAAGUUGAGGCACUUACAAUGGAAGCGAAUGGGGCCAAUUUCUGGAGGGUUUAAAGGUGGAAAUGUGAAGCUUAUAAUUUUACAAAAGCACUUACGUUAAUUCUUCUGUUAAAACUCAUGUAUUAUUUGAGCUAUGAAGCUGUUUAUAUUAUCAUUUUUAAAGUCAUUUUAGGGUUUGUUGACAUUACAUCGUCAUGGCAAUAAAAUUGUAAAAUUGGCUAUAACUUUACACAGAAAAGGUUAGUAAGUGAUUUUAUCACACAUAUAUUGUUUACAUCUUGUUGUUAUAAUUGUGAAACAAUAAGUAGUUUAACAUUUACAGAUUGGCCCCCAUUCACUUCCAUUGUAAGUGCCUCACCGGAACCCAGAUUUUCAUUUUUUUAAAGAAAAGGAGGGACAAGUUGAAAUUAAUUUUUUGUGGUGAUCAACAUUAUACCACAAAUGCUAUCAACUGAGCUUAACUUGUAUUGAGCCUGGAAUAUUCCUUUAACUUGAUCUUAUCUUACUAGUCAGUGCUUGAUAAACUGAAUAUAUGACUCUAUAAUUGAAAUACACAGUUCUUCAUAGCCCUGCUGGAGGUUAUGGAAACAAAAUUGGUGAAGUUGCAGAUAAAAGUUGGGUGUUAUCUACAUGAGAUUAGUUUAUUUCUCCAUUGUUCACAGGGUUAGGAUACAGGCUGAUAAAGGUGUUGACUUAAAGCAGGACCUGUAGAGGUGUGCACACCACAAGCUGUUCAUUGUUAUGGUUUAUUCAUCCCAGUGUUCUUUAAAUUCAGCUUUGUUAGUCUUUGAGCAGAGGGGAGCUAAUAAAUCCAUAAUCAGUAACAUUACAUUAACAGCCGUCUUUCUGUGCAGAAAUGAUAUCAUUGCAAAGCCUCACAAGAUAUUGUAUGUUUGUAUUUAAACUCACCUCGUUAAAUAAGGAUUUGAGCAUUUGUCUUUGCUGUGUAAAGUCCUGAUAAUUAAUGAUAAAAUUGGCCACAUUGUGCAGGCCUUUAUCUACUCAAGGAGAAAAUCCAUUUCAGCCCUUGGACUGGAACAGAUGGCUUGAAAUAUAAUGAUUACAAAAUCCUGACGUUAAAAUAGUUUAAUUACAAAGUCAAUAAUGCCUCCAUCUUGCCAGGGCUUCAAUGUAAAAACAACAGAAGGCAGAGUGCUAAAUUUGGGAGAAUGUUUAACCAGAACUUUGCAUUAGGAAGGGAGACUCCAUAUGUACCACAGCCAGUACAAAGAUCAACAGAUCCAGGGAAAUUAUGACCGGUGAGAGAUGGACAGAGAUGGUUUUAGUGCAAUAAUGUGUGCUUACCCGAGUCCUGACACAAGCAUAUUUACCACUCAUGCUUUUACAAUUAAUGGCACUCUU